AUGUCAAUUCAUAGUGAGUUUUGGGAUCAGGGCUUCUUGAUUGGAGUUUUGGGAACAGGCUGGGUUCGGUCGGACAAUAUCAGCAGGAAAUCAAUCAAUUCGUUUUCCAGAACGAUCUCGAAAUAACAACGCGAGUUCCAAAACUGUCAAUGACAAUGAAGCUAUGACAACUGGAGAAAAGAAGGCGAUGAAGAAGUGCAUCGUCAAAUUUGUUGCAAGAGUCCUUGAAAAAGGUCCAACUGGAUUGCGUGCCGAAUUCCAGAGCAUGAAGAGAUCGAAUGAUUUCGAGAAAAUGAAGGCGUUCAAAGAAGCUCAGGAAGCCGGAAAGAAUCGCUAUAAGGAUGUGGGAUGUUUGGACAAUUCACGUGUCAAGUUGGGAAGCCCUUGGCCUCAUGAAUACAUCCAUGGAAACUAUGUUUCAACACCGCUCAACCCGAAGCGUUUCAUCUGCACUCAAGCACCGCUGGAGAAGACUUGCGCUGAUUUUUGGUUCAUGUGCCUUCAGGAACAUGUUGAAACCAUCUUCAUGCUCUGCAAUUUUAUGGAGAAAGGCACCAAAAAAUGCCACGAAUAUUUUCCAACGAAGGACAAGCCGGAGACUUUGACAUUUGAAGAAGGCAGCCAUAAGAUCACAGUGCGCUUCGAAUCGUCAAGAGUCGUCAAAUUCAAGGGGAGAGAUAUCAAGGCGAAAGUUGUUGAGACGAUAUUAUCGGUUGAAGGACCAAAUGAUAUGUCAGUCAAAACAACUCACUAUCAUUGGAUCGAUUGGCCUGAUCGUGGAGUUCCGCCAGCUGAUUUGGCCAUCAUUGAUCUUCUUGCGAAAGCGAGAGUUUCAAAGUGAGUUUUUCCCUAUGUCUUACUAGAAGUUAACAAAAAAAUUUUGCAGAGGUCCAAUCGCUGUCCACUGCUCUGCUGGAAUCGGAAGAACUGGAAGCGUUGUGAUGAUCGAAUAUGUCAUGGAGCAAAUCUUGGGCAAUCAACCGAUUGAGGACACCGACAAGAUUCUCCUAAAGAUUCGUGAACAACGCAACAACUCGGUCCAAACUGAUCAUCAAUAUUUGUUUGUCCACCAAGUUUUGAUGAAUUAUUUCCGUCAAAGAAAACUUUUGGACGCAAAUGUUGAAGGUCAUCACGACGACUUCACCAAGACCUAUUUGAAGAUGGUCAUCUAG